GUGAGGCAUCGCUCAUGUGAUUUUCAGAAAGCACAAACAAUCCUCGGACAUUCUGAGGAAUAUUUCAUAACUGUGUGCAGCUGUUGCCAGUCAGCAGUGUUUCUUGCGUCUCACAUAUUCAGUAGCGUUACUUACAUUUCAAGUCGAACAAGGAAAUUUGAAGCUAAACUGACACUGAAAACAGAUCCACCUUCAUCAAAUCAGGAGAGAAAGAGUCGACUAUAAGUCUGGACUUUGAAGUCCAUCACAGUGUCUGCAGCAGCAUGUCUCUGACAGUGUCUCAGAAUGAGGGAACAACGAUCAUCACCGUCACCUCAAACCCAAAGAGCAAAUGGCCCGUAUUUUGUCAGAUUCUGGGUUCUCUGUUCUGCAGUGACAGUCCAGUGUGUUCUGUAUCUGAGGAUAGUAAAGAAACAGACACCGAGAGAGCUUUUGGGAUUGUACUGAUAAGAGUUGCAGUCAUGAAUAUUAUGUUGGGCUGUUUUGGCUUCGUCUUCUUUUAUAUUACUUCUACAUGGGCCAACAGUAUGCUGACCUUCGGAAGACUACAUAUAGUGAUGGUGUUUCCGGUUCUUCAGCUGUGUGUGGCUGUCAGUUUCUGUGUUUUGACUGUAGAAUCUUUGUGCAAGAAGGGCGGAAGUGCAAAGUUGGUGGAGGACAAAACUGCAGAAUCUAGAAGUGAUUCAUCUCCGUUAGGUCACAGCUGUAACAUGACUCUUACAGUGUCUCAGGAUAUGAAAGAUAUUCUGAAAGAUGCCCACACAACACUUGGAAUUCCACAGAUUAUAGUCGGUGUUAUGAAUAUCACAGCGGGUUGUUUUGGCUUUGUACCUUCUUUUUGGAUCGGUGGUGUGUUCCUUGUUGUUGGAAUCAUGUGUGUUCUUGCAGUCAUGUUUCCCAGUCCUAGGAUGCUUGUAAUUCUUGUGAUUCUGAACAUAGUCAGUGCUGUACUGGCUGUCUUGGCUUUUGUGCUGUUUUCAGCAGAACUGGCAUUAGGAUGGCAUCAUUAUUCCUCUGAUAAUGACUUUGCAAAGUGUCUCCAAGAAGGGAAGACUAGCACUGAGACCUGUUUGUACAGGGGUCUCAAUCAGAUCAUGUUGUCGGUCCUUCAGCUCUGUGUGACGAUCAGUUUCUGUGUUUUGACUGGGAAAGCUUUGUGGAAGAAGGAUGAAGAUACAAAGGUGGUGGAGGAUCCAGAACUUCACAAGCCGCUCCUGGAAGACGACUCUGCUGCUCCUGAUGAACACUAAAUUACAUAUUUUUUUUAAUUUGAAGGCUUCCAUAGACUUUCAUGGAAGGAGAAACAUGAGACCAGAAUCUGUCAAACUUCUGGACACUGAUUUAACAUUCUGGGUUAACACGUUUUCAUUGUUUUAGAAAUGGAAAGUGAAAUGAUUUAUAUAAAUUGUUAUUCAGUUUUCUGCCGCCAGGUGGUGUAAAAGUCCGGUUUAGAGGCACUUCUCAGCAAACCUUUCAAAAUGGUUACAUGCAUUAAAAAGCUGAGAUUCUAAGCUUUAAAA